UCACCGCAGUGUCGACUGGCGGGUUGGAGAGGCAGGUGUUACGUUCAGCUCUGAAGACAUGCCAGGAGUUCGACUUCUCGUUCUGUGGGCCUCGGCGGUCACCGCCGCUCUGGCGGCUCGAGACCCUCGCUUUUUCAACGUAUUCUCGGUGACCCGCUUUGAGAACUCGCCCUGUUCGACUGAGAGCGGUCAGGGGAUCUGCACCCUGCCCGACGGCUGCGGAGGUGACCAGCGCGGGCCCUGCGCCGGCGGACUGGGCGUCUGCUGCGUCGUGGAGAAAUCGUGUCGGAACACCACGAGUCAGAAGAUCGCCUACUUCGUCAACCCCAACUACCCGGAGACGGACUCUGCCGACCAGCUGUGCGACUUCCGACUGGAGGUCACUGACCCCGACAUCUGCCAGGUCAGGCUGGACUUUGACGAGUUCGAGACGCGCGGCCCGGAGACGACGGGUGCCGACGCGGGCACGUGCGACAGGUCCUACCUGGACCUGGCCGGAUCGGGCUCCGACCUGCAGAUCGGAACAGACAAACUCUGCGGCAUGCUCAAAGGCCAGCACGUGUACGUUCACCUGAACCCGAUGCGUCGCGGUACGGCGCACCUCUCGAUGAUGGUGAGGCUGGAGGACCAGACGACAGGGGCCAAGUGGCGGAUCCGCGCCACUCAGGUGGACUGCAGCGAACGCAGCGACCUCAUAGCUCCGACAGGCUGCACUCAGUACUAUAACGAAACGAAAGGAACGUUCGAGAGUUUCAACUUCGCCGGGAAUGCCUACACCCUCAACCAGGACUACAACAUCUGCAUCGGAUCCGCCUUCGGCACGUGCAAGACCACCUUCACGUCCUCCAGCUUCCAGCUGGACAUGGUGACCGCCUCGGCGACCUCCGGGGUCGGCAUGGCCGCCUGCGACGUCCAGACCUCCGGUACUGGCGGACUCCGGUCGGACUACCUGUUCAUCCCUGGAGGGUCUCAGACGGGCGAGUCGCCCACCAACGAGAAAUACUGCGGCUCGCUGCUGCACUACAUGACCGGAAAGUCCACAUCCGAACCCGUGGUCACCCGUGCUCCCGGUCCUCUGGUGCUCCGGUUCAAGACUGACGAACACUUCAACGAGCCGCGAGAGCAGGGGUUUCGGAUCGACUUUGAGCAGUCGACCACCUGCUGAACCGCGCUCCGCUGACGCCAGGCGCUGCAGGCGCUGUUACCGUCACGAUACGACAUCGGAUAUUGGCGUCCGGUUUUUAGCCGAGUCUGAUCCGCGGAUAAAUCGGCUGCACUGCACGAAUUGUUACGAUUUGAUUAGUUGUAAAUUGUGAUGGUUGUUUUUGUUAAUUGUUACCGGAGUAGUGAGGAUGUGAACGAAUAUAUUGAUUAAGC